AUGAGUUAAAAAUUUACAAAGGAACAAUAAUUAUUAAUUGAAGAAAUCAUUAACAAAGGAUACAACCAAGAAGACUUCGAGUACUUCGUGCUUCAGAAGGAACCAGAAAAAGGUCAUGAUUUAAGCGAAUGGACUUAUGGCGAAUUAUUGAGCAUCAUCUAGCAAUAUCAGCUAGAAAGUAUUCCUUACAACAUAAAUUAAGAAUAAGACCAAUUACAGGUCUAAACCCCAUUGAUAGAACCUGAAUCUCCAGAGAUCAUAGGCUCCUUUUCAUUUAUUGAAAAGGAAGUAUAUGCAUAAAAUUAAAAAUAAGAAGCUAUCAAAAUUGUACAUCUUCACUUAUUAUAUAAUUAGAAUGAUAAGAUGCAUAUCUUACCAUACGAAAAAACUAUUAAAUGCAAACAACUAUAUUUUUUUAUUGAUGAAAAUGUGGAGUUGUAAUUUGAAAUCAGCGCGUAAUUUUCAGAGUAUUACUUUAGACCAAUCGAAGAGAGAGGAGGAAUCCUAGAUUUCUUUUCAAAAUAGAUCGUGUUUCCCAUUUAAGUUAAUCCAAUGGAAUGGAAGAUCAAGAGAACCCUUUAAGAUUUUGCCCAAUUGAGAAAUGUACUUUGUGCAGCCUUUCCAGAAUUCAUUUUACCCUCAUUUCCAUACAAAGACAUUGAUGACUACGAUAUAAUCAUGAAGGAGCAGUAGAACAUAAUAAAAGUGCUUACUAUUUUCCUGUAAAUCUACAAUAAGAAACCUAUCAUCAGAACCAUAGCUCCCAGUUUGCAUUUCCUGAAUGAAACCAAUCCCAAAUAAUUCUAAUCAAAGUUUUACAAUCAGUAAACUUUCAUUAAGUAAUAUAAUCUCAAUCAAAAAUAAUCAAAGACAGGAACGCUAUCAGUUCAAUUCAAUUAGAAUCAAUACCAAAAAUACAAAGAUUACUACUCCUAUCUUAAUUCAGAAUAGGCAAAUUAUGAUAUUAUCUAAAAACAUUUGGAAUAAUUUGCCGAAUUCACUUACAAAGGGCAAUAGAACUUGGGGUUUUCAAUUGAAAUGAUCCAACAGUUAUGCGUUUCACUUCCUCAAUACUUUGAAGCCUAAGAAUUUGGAAAAGCCUUGAGCAUGAUUAAGUCUCACUUUUAAACCUAAAAAGACUUUAUCUUGAGAUCCACCAAACAAAUAAUGGAUGUGUUGUUGAUUACACUUGUGAAAUUCAAGAAUUCUAGAUAAUAACUCUUCGAAUUGAAAUCAAAUCUCAAUGAGACAUUUCAAAACUUUUCAAAUGAGUUCUUUCUCUUAGAAAAACGAAAAGAAGAACUAUUCACAUUAAAGGACUUGCAGAAAUGGGGGUUGAAUUCUGAGAUACAAUCUAAAAUCGACAUCAAUAGGUGUUUCACAGACAUUAAAUAUGCCAAAGAAAUCAUGCUACCCAAGGAGACCUUUUAUGUUAAUGAAAAGAGAGACUAGUAUGUGUAUAUGUUGAAUCAUUUCAAUGAGUAAUUCGAUCAACAAUUUAUGAUUGAAACUGAUAAACUGUUAAAUGAGGUCCGUUUCUACUUAGAUAAUAUGCGGUAUUACACCAAUAAUCAAGUAUUUUGUGAUUGUGAAACCUAGUUAUAAAAUUGGGAUUUUCUCAUUUAGGAAUAUGAAGUAUAUAAAUUUCAAUAUAGUUAAAAAUUGAGUGUGAAUGGAUGA